AUGAUCGAAUACAUCCGCUGUUUCGAACGUGGCUGCCUCUAUGCUCCAUUCAUUGCUCGAGACGCCGAGGAAAAGAAGAAUCAUUUUAUCCGCGGCCUCCAACCCGAAAUCCGUAGAGACAUUCGUAUGUCCGACGCCUCGACUUUCCGCCAACUCGUAGACAAAGCACUCAUGGCUGCCCAGGACGAACGAGACAUUCAAAACAGCCGCCGACCACAAGGAGUUACUCAACGCCCGUGGAAAAAGAACAACUUUGGCAACCGCCCAUUCCGAGGAAAGGGAACGCAACCCAUCCGCCAAUCAACCGGACCACCGCCACCGCCGCCAAGGCCAACCUGCCCAAAGUGUGGAAAGAGUCACUCCGGAGAAUGCAUACAAGGAACGAGAAGUUGCUUUCGAUGCCAUCAGCCCGGACACAUGGUGAAGGACUGCCCGAAACCCCCACCGAACGUCCCCGGUCGAGUAUUCGCCAUGACCCAAGAACAAAUCGAGCAAGACCCGUCCAUGAUAGCAGGUAUCAUAUUUAUCCUUGAAGCACCCAUAUACGCUCUAAUCGAUUCCGGCUCUACUCAUUCAUUUAUAUCGAAAGACAUAAUUGCGCACUUAAACCUCGAACCAAAUCGACUAAAUUACGAAUAUUGA